CCGACCAAUGAGACGUCUCCAAAGUGAUGUCAUGGAGGCAGCGGUGAUGCUGUUGCCGAUGCUGUUGCCCGGUGCCUGGAUCUGCACUGCCAGACCGUGGGGGGGAAACCAAAGUCGCCAGUCGAGCGUUGGCAAGACGUGUCGGCCAGAGGGGACUGAAAAGGAACAUCUUUGAAAAGCAACGUAAGCACCGAGAAGAUGACUCUCGCAGCCUACAAAGAGAAGGUGAAAGAGCUCCCCCUGGUGUCUCUGUUCUGCGCCUGCUUCAGGCCACAGAAUGUGGAGAAGGCCACGUACAAGGCCGAGGACGCAGUGGAUCUGGGAUGGAGCGCCAUCAAGGACGUGGAGGUCAAAGAGUUAAACAAGAGGGCGUCGGGUCAGGCUUUCGAGGUCAUCCUGAAGCCGCCCUCGUUUGACGGCUUACCGGAGCUCAACGCGACCAUGCCUCAGCGCAGGGACCCGUCCCUGGAGGAGAUCCAGAAGAAGCUGGAGGCCGCCGAGGAAAGACGAAAGUGUCAGGAGGCGGAGCUACUGAAGCACCUGGCCGAGAAGAGGGAGCACGAGCGAGGGGUGAUCCAGAAGGCCUUUGAGGAGAACAACAAUUUCAUCAAGAAUGCCAAGGAGAAGCUGGAGCAGAAGAUGGAGGCAAACAAGGAGAACAGGGAGGCCUUGUUGGCCGCCAUGUUGGAGAGGCUGCAGGAGAAGGACAAACAUGCGGAGGAGGUGAGGAAGAACAAGGAGCUGAAGGAGGAGGCCUGCCGAUAGAUGCCCGUAGAGAGAGUCCCAUUGAGAGCAGACUAGAGAUGGUUUGUGUUGGAUUUUUUUUUUUUCUAAUUCAGGAAUACGAAAGAGAUCCAGGAGAAAAGAAAGGAAGAACUCAUAAAGCAAUUCAAAAGAUGGGAGAACUUUCAUAUUGAUGCGUGUCAGAACCAGCUGUACAAAAAAAGCUUUACAAAAAAAAAAAACGCUUGGUGUGGAACAAAUUUCAUGUAUCGAAUAGAGAGGAUGGAUGUGUUUGCAAUUUUUUUUUUUUUCCCAGAAGCCUUAGUGAUACUUCCUCAUGAUUGUGUCACUGCGUGUGACUCAUUUCAGGCAUUCAAGCUUUUUUGUAACGGAGUCAAAAAAAAGGAAAAGGAAAAACAACAAAUGAGUAGAGGAAGGUGCAGUUGGAGUCGUUUUCCGCGGAAACUUCCAGAACCUAAAAAUAUCGAGCAAAUAAUUGAAUAAGAGUAAAAGGAUCAAAAUUAAGUUUUUUUUAAGAUCUAAAUUGCUCCGCUUGGUUCUUUUUUUUUAUAGCUUGAUGCUAGCUGCCUAUUUAGUGAGUAGCAGGGUCAACGAAAUUAGCGAGCACACACAUUCAGCUUUUGCGCUUUCUGUAUAUAAAUUUGAAGGCAUUCUUACCAGGGAGUCAAAUAUGAAAAUGAUGAAUUUCAUGUUAGAUUUUGUCACCAUUUGGGAUUUAUCACACUGUUUAGGGAUAUCGAGAGAAGAAAUUGGGUCGGGGGAGUUCAAACUGCUGUAUGUUGCAAUUUUCAGGGUCUUUUAGGUCAUUCCAUGUUGUGUAGUUGUUAAUCCGUCGAUGACAUUUAUAGCACGAAUUGCACUCUUACUUUAUCAAGCACAACUCGGAAGCACACGUUCAUACACGACAGCCAAAAUAAGCAUGCGGUGUAUAACGAUUUGUCAGCCAAGUUUUGGGGUUCCACUGACAGGUUUGUUGGAAUUCAUCUUUGGCAUGUGUCACUGUGCUCUGUCAGUUUGUGAAAGAUACAAAGAAAAAGAUCAGAAAAGAUCAAUGUUAUUUGCUUGAGUUGUUGAGUCAUACGGCUUUUUUUUAAACGCUGAAAAUGUUUGCACAGUAAUUUGGAAACGUGUGACGAUUUGAGUGUAUCCAUUUGGCAUGGUCAUUGGUCAGUAUAAAAAAAACUGCUUGAAUGAA